UUGCUGCAGGGGGCGGAGAUCUCUCUGUCUUCGGGCCGGCGCUACGGUCUGAUUGGUCGUAACGGUUUGGGGAAGACGACCCUCCUGAAGAUGUUGGCGAGUCGCAGCCUGCGGGUCCCGCCUCACAUCACCAUCCUGCACGUGGAACAGGAAGUGGCCGGAGACGAGACCGGAGCUCUGCAGAGCGUCCUGGAGAGCGACUCCGUGAGGGAGGGGCUGCUGGCGGAGGAGAGGAACCUCAACGCGCGCAUCGCCACCGGAGCUAUUGACGGGAAUGAGAGCGUCCGGCUGACGGAGAUCUACGCCAAGCUGGAGGAGAUCGAGGCGGACAAAGCCCCGGCCCGAGCGUCCGUCAUCCUGGCCGGACUCGGGUUUUCUUCCAAAAUGCAACAGCAGACCACCAAGUGAGCACACAC